GCCAUCGCUGGUAACCACCUGAAGACUAACUGAACAGAAGGUCCUCUACGAUUAUAAAGAAGCAGCUCCAGAGAGACAGGUUGAUACCAUCAUGCAUUCUUGGGUAGCCUUCACAGGCCUCGUAUUACUUUGGACAGACGCCGCGGUUUCUCAGCCACGUGUGGACGGAGUGGUGGGUCAGGCGGUCACGCUCCCCUGCACCUACUCCACAGCUCGCGGGACCACCUCCAUGUGCUGGGGCCGAGGGGCGUGUGCUCUUUCUCAGUGCCCCAAUCAGCUCAUCUGGACGGAUGGCCACCACAUCACCUUUCAGAAAAGCAGGCGUUACAACCUCCAGGGAGCAAUUUCACAAGGCAACGUGUCUUUAACCAUUGAGGAUGCAGCCCAGUCUGACAGUGGCACGUAUUGUUGCCGGGUUGAACACUCAGGGUGGUUUAAUGAUUUGAAAGUCAACAUAUUAUUGGAGGUAAAGCCAGCUCCACCUAAGGCCACCAGUGCUCCGACAUCACCUAGGGUCUCCACCUCUGCUCCUACAACUGCAGCACACACAAUGAACCUCAAGACCGAUCCACCCAAAGUCACCAGUGUUCAAACAUCACCUGGGGUCUCUACCUCUGCUCCUGCAACUCCAGCACCAACACUGAAACUUAACACAGCUCCACCUAAGGCCACCGAUGCUCCCACAUCACCUAAGGUCUCCACUUCUGCUCCUACAACUGCGGCACCCACAGGGAACCUCAUGACAGCUCCACCUAAGGUCACCAGUGUCCCAACAUCACCUAAUGUCUCUACCUCUGCUGCUUUGGCACCAGCACACACACAGGACAUUCUGAGAGAAGCCACAUCAUCUUCUCCAAUGCAGACGACAGACACCCAACCUAUCACAACACAGGAAACAAAUACGACCAGCUCACCAUCGGACCCUUGUUCAACAGAUGGUAACACCACUGUGAUGCUGCCUACACAGGGUGAUUGGCAAGACUGUGGAACUCACGUGAAUGUGGAACAAAACGCAUGGAAGGGCACCAAUAAGGCUCUCUACAUUGGACUCGCUGCCGCCGCACUGAUACUGCUCAGUGUUUUGGCAGCUGUAAUUGCCAAAAGAUACUUGUGUAUGUAUGGAAAGGUGUUGCAUAUAAGUAAGCCUUCAUCCAUAGAGCUUCUGAGAGGAACUUCGCCAAAUGACACUGCAGUGCACUACCGAGCAGAGGAGAAUGUCCACUUUGAGAACAAUCUUCACAUGUGAAUUAAGACCCAGAGACCGUCCAAGGCUUUAUGUCCUUGAUCACAGAAGACAAGGACCAGAUCUCACCAUGCCAGAAUCCUAUUAGGAUCCAGAAUGACUUUAUCAGUUUCCCACCAUAUUCUAACCUGUCAGUGAUGUUGGUUCGAGUGUGUCUAGCUCAUCUGUGUGUAGUCGACCUUAGUGGUGAUGGGUCCUAAUUUUUUAUGAGAAACUGGCUCAGUCUUUCUGAUCAUAGCUGAGCCCUCUCCCAGGUAUGAAAUGACACUGUAGACCUUAUGAAGCCGUGUCCUGUGAGAAUCCUCACUGGGGAGACAGGGAAAGAGCUGCCUCCUUGGUCACAUAGGACUUGGUACUUAAAUGACGCACUUGGAAGCAUCCAUGAUGAUCUCUUCUCUUUUAUCUUCUUAACUCCAAAUGUCGCAUUUCUUAAGUCACCCAAGGGCUGCAAAUCAUGGAGGGGCAUAGGUUUUUAUUUCUUCAAUGGGGAAAUAAAUGCAGUGUGAUUUCACCUUAGAUCUUUUUUUCAUGGUUCUGAAUAUGUAAAGUUUUUAAAAAAUAUUUCAUCCAUUUUUUAAAAAGAUUUUAUUUAACUUUAGAGAGAGAGAAAAGGGAGAAAGAGAGGGAGAGAAACAUCAGUGUGUGGUUGCCUCUUGUGCACCCCCUGCUGGCGACCUGGCCUGCAUAGCAGGCAUGUGCCCUGACUGGGAAUCGGUCCUUUGGUUUGCAGGUGGGCACUCAAUCCACUGAACCACACCAGCCAGGGCUGAAAAUGUAACGUUUUAAGUACUUUCUCGGACCAGGAUGGGGUUUCUAGCAGUUAGAAGCUAGGGUGGCGAAUGGACCAAGUAUAUCAGGGGAAGAUCAGUUGCCAUCUGACUUAACAUGCGAGCACUGUUUCUGCUAUAUGUGUGCCAUAGCUUCCGGCACUUAUGUUGACCACUGUCAGGGAAUCUGAACUAAUUUUUAGAAUGACGCAGGGCUGAGAUUUUUUUUACAAAGAAAAAAGAAAGGGAGAGAUUAGGGAAGAAGGC